UGUCUUCACCAAAAAUAAAAUUAAAAAAACAAAAAAAAAAAUCUACCAAAUUUUCUGCUUCGAAAUAUGUCUGUUUAUUCAGCUCUAUUGUAUAAUAAACUCUAUUGUAUGUGGGGUAAGCGUGGUGAUAAUAAAAGCUUUAAGCUUUUUUAUUAUAUCUUCUUUCAGAAAUAAAAUUAGAUUUCAACAGAUAGGGACGGCAGGUAGAGAAAAAGAGUUUUUUGAGUAAACAUAUAAAGGGAGAUCUCUCUCAUUCUUUCACUUUGGAAACCCUGCAACCCAGCAAAUCAUGGAGUUAAAUCACAGCUUCUGCAUCUACUCUGCAAUUCUUUCUUCUUUCCUUUUGAUGGCUUUUACUGCUUCUGCUUCUCCUUCCAUUUUCAUGUCAGAUAGAAUCUUUGAAUCUCAGGCUUCUAUCGGCCGGAACCUCCUUCAGGCUAAGAAAGGUUGUUCCGAGAACUUUGAGUUCAAAAACUACACUAUCAUCACAAGCCAAUGCAAAGGACCGCACUACCCUGCUGAUCGUUGUUGUGCGGCAUUCAAGGAAUUUGCAUGUCCUUAUGCUGAAUUGUUGAAUGAUUUAACCAAUGACUGUGCUUCAACUAUGUUCAGCUACAUUAACCUCUAUGGAAAAUACCCACCUGGCCUUUUCGCUAGUGAGUGCCGGGAAGGAAAGCAAGGUCUUGCCUGCCCUGCAACACCACCGACAUCAGUUGCAAAUGAUACAAGCGGGAGUGAGACUUGUUAUCCAUUCCUAUUACAGUUAGUAGCAUCUGGAGUCCUAGCCUUGUUGUUCCAGUUAUUAUGAACAUACCAGAUUCUUUUGUCUUAUAUAUAACCAUGUGAGAAUUACAAUUUUUCAUUCAUUGAGCUUGUGGCCUUGUUUUACUACGGUUGUGCUAGGGUUAAGUAAAUGUGAUAAAGUAUAAUGAAUUUAAUUAUGUAUCAAUUAUCUUUGUGCAUUUGCGGCCAAAGAAUUGUUUCAUUGGAGCGUGGGAUUGUGCAUUACCGUCACAGAUAUUUUGCUGGAAUAUAAAUAUAAUUCUUAUUUUCUUUUUC